AUGGCCGACAAGGAUGCUUUCUCUGUCCCUUCCUGGGACGGCUCUGCCAAAAGCUGGCGCCGCUACACGCGGGAGGUCUCAUGGUACUUCAGGGCUACGCCCAUCUCCAAGCGGCGAUAUGUCGCUACCAAGUUGCUGAGUCGCCUGACGGGACCAGCAAGGCUGCUUGCGAUGUCAUGGAGCGACAUGGCCCUGGACGAGUAUGACGGCACGAAGGUUCUCCUGCAGAGGCUAGCUGCCUCCCCGCUUGUGAGGAGAUCGAUCCCAAAUGCCUCGGCCAUUUGUGGUCAAUACUUUGGCUUCCAACGAAAGCCUCACGAGGCGAUGACGUCCUUCCUCGUCCGAGAGGCUCUUGGCUACAGCGAGUUCGUUGAGGCCUUGGUGAGAUUGGCUGAGGAGAAGAGAGGUGUGAAGCAGGAGGAUAAGGACUUUGGUUUGCCUCCAGAAGAGCCUGACUAUGAGGACGGCUAUGACUAUAACCAGGACUAUGACUGGUCCUCAUGGCAUGCUUGGGGUGAGUGGCCGCUCGACGAUGAGAACGUUGAACAGCCUGAGGAGGGUGACUUCGACCCCAAUGCACCGACGGCUCAACCAACAUCCCUGCCGAGCGCUUCGACCAGAGCUGCUGCUGAAAGUGGUUCACCUCAACAUGGUGGAUAUCAUCGAGUUCCACAGGACAUCUCGCCCAGCCGACGUUCAGCUGGAGUACAACCCUCUCAAUCUGGCCUCGCUGAUGAUCUGUCAGAUCUGAGUUUCGCUGACUCUUUUGUGCUUGGAGUCCUUCGGGGGUUCCGGCUUCUCCAAUCGGCCGGACUGUCAGCUGAGGAACGUCGUGACAUCCUUUCAGCAACUCAUGGUUCCCUGGACUUUGAGGAGGUGAGCCGUGCCUUGCAGACUCUCUGGGACGAACAGUUCAUUGGUGCUCGAGCUCAGGUGUCGCACGUCUCCAACUGGCACGAGAUGGCCGUGGUGGAAGAUCCUGAACCUCAUCAUGAUGAUUGGUCAUGGGAUGUCUUUCAAGCUGAAUGGCAAGGUGACGAUUGGCCCUCAUGGGAUUGGUCUGAGGACAUGCAGCCCCCCUCAUCGGGGAAAGGCCGUGGCCCUUGUUUCAUUUGCAAUGGACCUCAUUUGUCUCGCGAGUGCCCCGACCGUCGACAUCCUGGUCCUUUCAAGGGAAAAGGAAAGUUCAAACACCACUACAUGACGGAGUAUGACCCGUACAUGAUGGAGGACUUCAUGAUGGGCAAGAAGGGUGGCAAGAAAGGAAAACAAUCUCAUUGGAUGGAAGCCCAAGCCUGGCACAAAGGCAAAGGCAGUUCGACACGCUUCAAAGGCAAAGGUCCGAGCCCUCGACCACCUGUCAAUGCCUACAACUCUGAAGUCUUCUUCGGUGGCCUUGAGAUGCAGGCCCAAGAGGCCGGAGCGCCACAGCCUGCGCCUUCUUUGCCGGCAACACAUGGUUUGCUGGAUUGCGGGGCGACGGCAUCUGCCGGUCCCCAGUUGGCCGUAGAGAACUUGGUUUCUGCAAUCCUUGCCAAGGACAGCAAGGCAGUGAUUCAAGUCCGCAAGGAUGAUAGCCUUUCAAUUCGACGUCCCCUGAUCGCUCUUGCCAUGUCCCGCAACCGAGCUGCUCUCACAGAGAAGGAGGGGAACCUGAUUUGGGACAUACGCGGCGGCACAGCCGAUCUCCGGGAGCGCCUGACGGGCAGCCCGGACAAGCAGGAGCCUCGACCUUUCGACGAGGGCCGUGCAGUGGGACCGGACAAUCGCGAUCCGAGGUGGAGUCCAGAUCAAUGGCCAUGCUACGGGGAGCACAUCGAGGACACCUGGAAGGCCAAUCCUCAUGCCAAGUACCUGCACUGUGCCACGUGCAACCUGAGGCUGCGCUAUGUUCCUCGACACGGAUCCCAUGGGCAGAGCUCCAAGGUGCAGAACCCCACGAUGAUCCUCCGGAUGCUGACGACCCUGAAGGAAAGGAUGAACUCGGCACGACCAUCUGCCGCAAUUUGCCUGGCCAUGGAGAAGGCUAUCGAUGCCGAGGAGACCCUGUCCACCCUGAUCGGACGUCAGAUGAUUGCCCUGGACAAGGAAAAGGAGCGCGAGAAGGACAUCAAGGGCUACAAGACUGCUCCACCGUCCAAGGGUGCAUCCAAAAGCAAGGCCGCUCCGUCAAGUUUGACCUCGAGCUGGGACGUGGUACCGACCACACCACCGAGCCCGCACAAGGAUCCUCGGAAGAAGACAUUCCGGGAGCUCGAUCUGGAGGACCUGCUGAAGGAGGAGGAGAUGCAGCAACUCAUGAAGCUGCUGGAGGAGCAUGACCACAUCCUCAAAUACCACAUCGCCCCUGCCGAGAUCUAUGGCUGCGCGGCUGCUCCUCAUGGCUACAACAUUGAUGACCGCUAUGGCAUCCACAACUAUGAACUUCCUGAUGGAUGGAAGGGACGGCGACUUUGGUUCAGCCUCCCAUGCACGAAAUGGUGUCGGUGGUCACAUCUCAACUACCGGACCGAAGAAGGUCGUGCCCAACUGGAAAAGUACCGCCGGCGUGAGAGAAGGAUGCUAUGGAUGGCGGCUCACUUCAUCGAGGAGAUCCUCAACGAGGAUGAGGAGGUGGACAUCUACUUUGAAUGGCCCUGGCCCUGUGAAGGCUGGAACCAACACCCCAUCGAGUACAUCCACAAGAUCCUGGCCAAUCACGGUCGUGAAUGGCUUCCAUGCCGGAUUGACGGCUGCAACUAUGGGCUUCGAGCUUCUGAUGAAUCCGGUGGCUUCCUCAAGAAGCAGUGGCGUGUCAUGACCACCAACGAGCAAUUCCACAGCAAGUUCAAAUGUAAGGUAUGUCCUGGAGGCCACAGCCAUACUUGGAUUCAAGGCAUUGAAACUGCCAAGAGCUCCUACUACCCAUGGAGACUAUGCAAAUCCAUCGCUUUGGCCUGGCGACAGGAGUAUGUGUCCGACCGGAACCUCAAGCUCGUCUUUGCCCAGGAAGAUCAGCCGGAAAUGAUCACACUUGAAGAAGAGCUUCACCAUUUGGAGGAGCUACCUCAUGUACUACCUGCCCUACAAGCGGAACCAUCCUCGAGCUCUUCGUCACUGAGUCCUUCGAAGGAGGAGCUUCAAAAGUGGCAAGCACGGCUGUCACACUUCCACAAGGCAGCAGGACAUCCUACAGCUCGCAACUUGGCUAGAUUGGUCCGUGACGCAGGCUGUCCUGCCUGGAAGGUUCAAUCAGCUCUUGAACACCAAUGCGAGACCUGCAAGUCUCUCAAGCUGUGCGGAACUUCAUCAGGACAGAUUCCACCUGCUGCAACUCAUCCACUACCUGGUGCCUGGGAAUGCAUUGGCCUUGACACCGCUGAAUGGCUUGUUCCAGGACAACAGAAGAAAGCACGCUUCAUCCUCAUCAUUGACCUCGCUACCAAGCUCCGGGCGGUUAAGCUCAUCAAGGAGUACCCUGAACUGGCGAUGCAGCCAGAAUCCUCCGAAGAGAUCAUUGAAGGUCUUGUACAUGGCUGGCUGGCGCACUUUCCGAAACCCAAGCUCAUCGUGGCGGACAACGCCAAAAGCUUUGUCAGCGCUCGCUUCCAUGAGUUGUGUGAGGCAGAGAACAUUCAGCUGCACUUCCCACCAGAGAAGGAACCCUGGAGUCAUGGCAUUGUGGAGGCUGCCAUUGCUGACAUCAAACAUGUUGCAAGUGCUAUACAACUUGAAGCCUUGGACAACACACCAGCUCUUUCCCUUACCUUGGCUGCCUCCGCCUUGAAUGGAACAGAGUUCACUGCUGGAUACUCUGCACAUCAAUGGGCCUUUGGCGCUCGCUAUGCCAUCUCCGACGAAGACAUUCGGGUAUGGAAUGCCAUUGACCCCAAGGAGGAUUUUCUGCGAAUCUCCAAGGCACGAGCAGAAGCUGAAGAGAUCGCGAGACGAUCGCGUGCGAAAAGGGUGAUGAGCAAACUGACCAACACCACGGUCAAACAACCUCUGAGGACCUACAGUCCCACCGACCUCGUGAUGAUCUGGGAAUAUCAAGACAUCACCAAUGAGGAGCCCACUGAUCGUGAUCGUGAACUACCAGACUUGCCGCCAGAGCCGAAUGCCACGACAUUGGCACCGAUUCGACGGGCUGUUGGAAAGUCAACUCUCCAACCAUCGGACUACAAGGUGGUCAAGACACACCUCAAGCCCGACUACAAGAGCACACAUCGAUCAAGUCCAAUUGGACAAGUGCGAGAGGCACCAAAGCCUCAGCGGUACCUUCCACAGCCUGAGAUCCCUAUGGCGGACUACACGCCCACAGAACCACCUGAUCCUGGUGAACUUCAGGAACGAAUGGAUGACGUCGUGGACAAGUCAGAAGCCGUGAACGACUAUGACAACCCCGACCUCGAAGCUCCAGAAGCCAAGAAGGCCAAGCUGGACCAUCGAACAGAAUAUGACCUCAAGUGGCUUGAACAGCUCCAUGCAGAAGCUCAACAAGAAGUCACCCAUGAAGAUCUGUUCACCUUUCUCCAAUCCUAUGAAGGUGACUGUCUGCACAUCGAGCUGGACCUGAACUUCAAGGACAGGCGAGAUCGCCGCAACUUUCAGCUGGACCCCGUCCUGUACCUGACCAAGAAGCUGAAUUCUGCCGAGGUGUCGCUCAAAGCUCUGGGACCCGAUGAUCUCAUCCUCUUCACCAGAGCUAAGGCGAUCAUCAAUGAGUGCCGUGCCCAAGCCACCUGUCUGGAGUUCAGUCGCUUUGAUGACUGUGAGUCUUGGGACCAAGUCGUUUUUGUGGGAAUGGGUGAUCAAGCCCACUCGAAUAGAGAGAAAGGGGGAAGCACUGGUGGGAUGGUGAUCCUGGCAUCUUCUCCCAAAUGCCUGGAUGGAGCGGUGAGCAAGAUGUCGCUGCUAGCUUGGCGCACCUGGAAGCUGAAGCGCCUUGCGGUGGGAUCAAACGACGCAGAAGUGCAGUCGAUUCUCGAGACCGAGGAUGUCCUGUUCCGCUCGAGGGUGCUUUGGGCAGAACUCCAUGGCGCUGGGAAGCACGUGGCUUCCACACGUGGUUUUGACAUGGUGGAUGCCAUGGAGGCGGUGGCUCGCUUAGUGAGAGGCGCGCAUCGUUUGAAGUCAUGGCUUUGGGCCAUUGCAUUCGAUGCAUCGUUCACGGCUGCCAAAAAGAACAAGCGACAAGGUCGCACAGCUGUGAAGAAGAUCGAUGACUUUGAAAGCUCAGGCGUCCAACUUGCCCUUAAGCUCAGCGAGCUCAUCGUGAAGGCCUGCAUGCAAGGUCAAGCAUAA